AUGGACCAACGCGUCGCCUACCUCCAAGUGCUCGAGGUCACGAGCUGCGUCGUACUCUUCGCCAAGCGCUGGAGCUGGCACGAGGACGCGCGCGCCGAGGGCCUCCGGUCGCUCGUCCACAGCUUCUCGCAGUUUGCCCGCGAGAUUGACGGCGGCCACAUCCGCGCCGCCCACUUUGGCCUCCCGGCGCUGCCCAAGACGACCAUGGCAGCAUCGACGCGGCGAACGUCGACGUCCUUGCGGCAGUCGCUGCUCCAGUCGCGCUCGUCGACCUAUGGCUCGACGCCGUACGCAAGCCCGCACAGCUCGACCGGGUCGUUCCACUCGGUCUCGCCCACACCGUCCGGCGGCCUCGCGUCGCCACUGUACGCGACGUCGCCCGGGCACCUCGGCCCGUCGUCGCCAGCGCCGAUGCGGCUGCACAUGGCGUCGACAGAGAACAUCCUCUUCCAGGUCGUGCUUUUCUAUGCGUGGACAUCGUCCGACCCCGACGGCCGCGAGAUGGACGCGCUGGCAGGUGCGCUACUGGAGAAGUUUACAGCCCUCUUCGCGCAGUCGCCUGCAUGGGAGAAGGCCAAGGGCUUGCUCAAGAGCGUGGUCGACAAGGACGAGAACGGCGCCAUCAGCCACCACUUUGAGACCUUCCACGACGUGGUCACCGACCUCAUCGAGAUUCAAACGGCCCAAGUCUAAGGGCAGAGAGAUCCAAUAGUAUAUUCAAAUGAAAUUCACGUGGCCGAGAAGCC